AUGGUAGAGCAUCUGCUUACUGAUAAAGACAAUACGGGAGGAACCUCCCUGAAUCUUGCCAAUAGCCUUUCAGCGCAUGUCGUGCACGACAUAACAGAUGACGAUCGCAGCGAUGGUGAUAGAGAUGAAGAUGGUACCGAUUAUGGUAGAGAUGACGGUGGUAGCGAUAAUGAUAGAGAUGACGCUGUUAGCAAUUGUGGUAGCGAUGGCGAUGGUAGCGAUGGUGAUAACGAUGGCGGUAGUAGCGAUGGUGAUAACGAUGACGGUGGUAGUGAUGAUGAUAGAGAUGACGAUGUUAGCAAUUAUGGUAGCGAUGACGAUAGUAGCGAUGAUGAUAACGAUGGCGAUAGUAGCGAUGGUGAUAAAGAUGGUGAUAACGAUGGCGAUAGUAGCGAUGAUGAUAACGAUGGCGAUAGUAGCGAAGGUGAUAACGAUGGCAAUAGUAGCGAUGAUGAUAGCGAUGACGAUAGUAGCGAUGAUGAUAGCGAUGACGAUAGUAGCGAUGAUGAUAGAGAUGACGAUGUUAGCAAUUGGGGUAGCGAUGAUGAUAACGAUGACGAUAGUAGCGAUGAUGAUAGCGAUGAACGCGUCAGGUUCACAUUAUUGGAGAGCAACAUAUGGAGGUCAGUCACGUUAACAGACGAGUCACUCAGCGCUAGCUCUAUCUGA